UUGUGCUUGGACACAAGAUGGCUUCUAAUUUGAACAAGCCCACAGAUUUUCUUAGCGGAGCAUUUCAUUCUGAACGUAGGCAUACAUUAAUCCAUAGAUCUAGAUCAACAUCUAGAUCUACACCAUUUCUGAUUCCACCAUCAGAAUUUGAAAAGCCUAAAGUUAAACAAGUCCAAGGCCAUAAGAAACUUCAAAAUGAGAAAGAAUUAAUUCAAAAGUUACAACAAGAAAAUGACAAAUUAAAAUUAAUACUAUUUCAAAGCCAUGGACAGCAUGAGUCAUUUACUAGUCCACAUAAUGAAUAUGCAGAUGAGCUGAUCAAACAUCAGGCUGCGGAGAUUAUAGAAUUGAAAAAUGAUCUCUUGAAAUGUCGACAGGGCUAUAGCCAGGAAUUGCAGGAGUGGGAAAGAAAAGUGGAACUACUUGAAGAUAGACACAAACUUGAAGUCAAGAAUUUAGAAAAGCAGCUUGAAAAACAAGAGGAAGAUUUUGAACUUAGAUACUCCAGAUUGAGCAGUGAACUCCAAAGAACACUUGAAGAAUCCAAUUUAGAAAGCUUACAUUUACGAGAAAUGUUGGAAAAAAACAAAUCAACUCUUUCCUUGAGAAAUCAAGAGCUAGAAGAAGCUAUGAUUCAGUCUGAAAAGAAACUAAUACAUCAAGAAACUGAACUUAGAAACAAGUCAAAACUCAUCGAAGAUCAAGCACUCCAGUUGAUACAGCUAAAAACCUAUAUCGGUGAAACAGAAAUGUCAAACAAACCCGCUCGGCUGUGGAAGGUUGAGAAAGAGACGGUGGAGAACAGGCUAAAAAUAGCUCAAGCAGAGAACCAAAAAAUAAUUUCAGAGCUGGAAUUGUUAGAAGUCAGAUUUAAAGCCCUCAGUAAUAUAUUAACUAUUCAGGAAGCAGAGUUGAGCAAGUCUAAAACAGAAGGAUCAAACUCUUCUAGUAAACAGCACAACUUAAUGCUGACAAGGUGGCGAGAAAAAGUGUUUGCUCUUAUAGUGCAGCAGAAGUCUGGAGAAAUGGUUUACAAAAAUGACAUUAAUAAGUGUAAACAAACCAUAGUGAAACUGGAGGAAAAACUCAAGUCCUGUGAAGCUAAUGGUGAAGUAUUGAAACUUUCACUAAUGGAGAAAGGUGCACAGCUUCAAAUGGAAACUAACAACAGUGAGAGACUGCAAGCAGAAUUAGAUCAACUGACAAAGGUGGCUAUGAAAUAUGAUGAUGAGACCAAAGAGAACUACAACUGCAUGAGAAUUCUAGCAGACUUCAUUAAAAGGCAUCAUCAAAAAUAUGAGGAAAAAAUGCAGACUUUAGAAGAUAAAUCAAAGCAGUUGAAAAUCUUGUGUCAGAGAGUAUCUUUUGCCUCAAGUCGCAUGGAUGUACUUAAAGCUCAACUAACCAGAAAGGCAGCUAUAGAUAUCAGCCAGAGUAAAGAAGCUAUAAUACCUGUCAUGUUACAAGCUAAUGAAAAAACACCAAGGCACUCAGAUAGCCAUUUGGAACAAGAGCUUGAGAGAGUCAUGAAAGAACGAGAUCUUCUGACCAAUCAGGUGAUGGAAGAUUCAACAAAAUGGACGGAGAAAAUACUAGAGAUAAAAAACCAGCAUAUGAUUGAAGUUUCAUUACUGAAGAAAACUGUUGAAGAACUGGAAGCCAUCAUUACUACCAAGUCACAGCAAUGUUCAGACUUGACAGAAGAGUUAGAGUCAUUGCGUGAAGAUUUGGUGCACAAAAAUGAAAUGUUACAGCAGACGCAGAGUGAGAUACACAAAUAUGAAAAAGGAAUUGAAAGUGUUUUAGCUGAACAAAGACUAAAAGAUGAAGAAAUCUGGCAUAAAAAGCUGUCUGAACUAGAGCAUAAAUUAAAUGAUGCCAAGAGAGAACAUGCCAAAACAGUUGUAUCCCUGCGGCAAAUGGAACGAAAUCACACAAGAGAGCUAGCCAGAAAUCAGGAGCUGCUUCAGACGACUGAAGACCAUUUAAACAGGCAACUACUUCACACUCAAAAUGAGUUGAUCAAAGUGGAAAAAGAAAGAAAUUUAAUGCUGGCUAUUUUGAAACAAGAAGGUUUAAUUCAUGCUCUUAAAACUGAUAGAGCAGAACCGUACAAAUUAGAUGAGACUGUUGCACCGUUUGAAGACGCUAGAAAUGAAAACUUAACUCAAAACUCUGAACAUCUCAAUGCUGACGACUGUAUAAGAGAAGAAAGUCAUAACAAUCUUCCUGGAUCAAGCAUUGGUAAAGAACAUGUACAAGAUGUAUUGGAAGAGCUCAAGUCGUUAACAGCUGAUCUAUUGAAUGAUGAAAGUGAUGAAGAAAUAGAUCAAUCGUAGUUCAUUGCUUUAAGUGCCUUGUGAUAUGCAAACCAUAGUUUCUUGUAUAAAAUAAAAUUUAUUUAAACUACA